GAACUUUUACACAGAGGUUCUAGAAAGAUCUUCAACAGAACUGAAUGAAAUCCAGUAAGAACCUGCAAACCUCUCAGUGACAUUCAUUUGUAGAAAAGACAAGAAACACUGAGUGCAGACGUUGGACGUUCGAGUUUCCUAUAAAUAUGUGCAACAGGAAGUGGUUAUGAAGCAGAGCGCGUGCAGAAACAGGGAGCGCGCGAGAAGCUGAAACAGUAAAGAUCAGUAAAGGGGGGAACUGAGCUUCACGUGCACCAAACUGCUGACAGUGAGGUGACCGACUCCAUCACUCCACCAUUUCAUCACUCCAUCACUCUUUCAGUCCAUUCAUGGGAACUGAUAAAGAGUCUGAGACGGAGGCGCGCGCAGAGAUGGAGAAAGAAGACGUGACGCAGGAGGAGGAGAGCGGAGGAGAGCGCGCGGACGACGGGAACUUGCUGAACGCGUACACCUGGCACACGGGAGGCGCGCGAGGCGAUCCGGCCGAGAAAAGCGCGGGGAACAAGUGGAGUAAGAUGCAGAGCUGGAGGAAAGCGCUGAGUGAGGACGCGCCAAAUAAAUCCCCCGCACCCUCACCCUCAUCGCGGCCGCGCGCGGGGGACGGAACCACCAAACCCGUCAGCGGGAGGAAGAACCCGUUCCGCAGAGCGCUGUCAGAACCUCCAGGCUCGCUCCUGUCCUCCAUCCUGUCCCCUUCAUCAUCAUCAACAUCACCCUCAGCGGCGGAGCCCGGCGCGGCCGCAGACACGCCACAGGGCGGGAAACUCCGCAAAUACCUGCGCCAGGUGUCUCAGAGACUGAAGAGACCGCGCGCGCAGAACCGCAACAACACGAGUACCGCACAACAGCAGCAACAACAACAGCACGAGCGCGAGGAUGUGCCAUGUGUGGACUCUGCAGGUUCAGUUCAGUUCUUCUGGGUUCCUCAGGAUGUUCCUGUGUGGGACAUCAACAACUGUCUCCUUCAGGAUGGACAGAUCUUCAUCUCCCGAGAGGAGGAGCCAUUGUUGCGGAUGAGGAAUCGAGCGAGCAGCUGUCUGUCAUCUCUCAGUCUGCACAACCUCACUGAGAGUCACUCCAACCUUGAGUGCACUCCAGAUCAUGUGCCUGUGCCGAAGCCUAAAACUCAGGAUGGUGGAGUGAGAAUGAAGAUAAAACGGCGUCUGCAGGGUGGAGCUCACAGGAAACUGAGUAACACACAACUCAACGUAGUGGGACUGAGUCCCGCAGCACGGUUUGGGUCUCGAGAUUCUCUCUUGGUACCGCUGAAUACAGCUGAAAGUCUGGACUUGAGUUCAGACUGUACCACUGUGAUCCGGCCCGUGCACAGCUCUAUUCUUGGAGAGAAGUACUGCUUUGAAGUGAUUAACUCGGACAGUAACCACUGCUUUGGCUGCAGCUCUGCCGCUGAGAGGGACCGCUGGAUCGAGAACCUGCGGCGUGCUGCUCGGCCCAAUAAGGAUAACUGUGAGCGUAUGGAGAACUCUCUCAGCCUGUGGGUGAAUGAAGCUAAAGAUCUCCCACCGAAAAAGCGGUACUACUGUGAGGUUCAUCUUGAUGGUACGCUGUUCGCUCGCACCAGCAGUCGCGCCGUGGUUAAAUCAUCAUCAGUCCCUGGGAAUGACGGUGGGUCGAGCACGGUGGGCGUGUCUUCUGGAGGAAGUGGAAGCACAGGGGGGUGCCAUCUGUUUUGGGGGGAGCUUUUUGAGCUUGAUAACCUCCCCCCUGUUGCACAGAUCACACUGCACCUGUUCCGCGAUGAUGACCCCAAGAAGAAACGACACUCGAAAGAUGAUAGCAUCUCUUACCCUCUGGGCAGCGUUGCUCUGUCUCUGAACAACAUUAAAGGACGAGUGUUUCAGGAGAAAUGGUAUCCCAUCAUUCCCUACAAACCUCCCGGUACAGGUGGGGCGAAGGAGCAACUUGGGCCGCAGGCGUGUCUCCGGGUGAAGGCGCGUUUCCAGAACCUGCAGGUGCUGCCGAUUGAGAAAUAUAAGGAGUUUGCGGAGUAUGUGACACUUUGUUACAUGGAGAUGUGCAGCAACCUGGAGCCUCUGCUGAAUGUCAGGGAUAAAGAGGAGCUGGCUGGAGCACUCGUCCAUGUCCUACAGAGCAUCGGAAAGGCCAAGGAGUUCUUAAUCGAGCUAGGAGGUGCUGAGGUCCAGCGCUUGGGCGAGAACGAGGCUCUAAUCUUCAGAGAAAACACUUUGGCCACCAAAGCCAUAGACGAGUACAUGAAGCUGGUGGGGCAGAAAUAUCUCAUCGAUACUCUUGGAGAUUUCAUCACGCGACUGUACGCAUCCUCAGAAAGCUGUGAAGUCGAUCCACAGAAAUGUUCUGCUUCCGAGCUGCUUGUCAACCAGCGCCACCUAAAGGAAACGUGUGGAGAAGUGGUGCAACAGAUCACUGAGACACACAGCUCUUUUCCAGUGGAACUGAAUGAAAUUUUCUCCAGCUGGGUGUCUGAUUGUGAGGAACGCGGACGAGCAGACAUCGGACACCGUCUCAUUUCAGCAUCUUUAUUCCUCCGGUUCCUCUGUCCAGCCAUCCUCAGUCCCUCUCUGUUUGGACUGACCCAACCAUACCCAGAGCCCAACACACUCCGUACUUUGACUCUCACGGCUAAGAUGCUGCAGAACCUCGCCAACUUCACGCCGUUUGGAGAGAAAGAAGAGUACAUGCUGUUCAUGAAUGAGUUUCUGGAGGAACACUGGGAUGAUAUGAGGACUUUCCUGCAGAAAGUAUCAAACCCCGACAGUGAACUAGAGAUGGCCCGGUUUGAUGGCUAUGUGGAUCUUCCUUUACAACUUGCUGUGCUUCACAGCCUGCUAGUAGAUAUCAUCUCCCCAAUGAAACUGGAAACUAUAAACAACCUGCAGCCGCUACCGUCCAUCCUGAACCAGAUCACUGAGCACCUCAGCCCAGACGUUCCCCGGAUCAACUGCAGCAGUUGUGAAGCAGCCAAGCCCACCUACAUUCCUCCCCGAGACCUCGGCAAGUACAGCCCACUGGAAAAGUCAGUUCAGCACCUGCCCCAAGACCCACGCCCUGCACAUGCCAAGGACAAACACCGGAAGCAGGUGAUGAGGACGCAGAGCGUUCCUGCCUCUGAGAGACACAACCGCCAUCCUUUGAAAAGACAGACCAGCACUACUGACCUGACCCCCAACGACCAAGAUAAGAACAAUGAAGCUUCCAGCAUGGAGAUCUCACCACCACAGCACACUAUGAUUGAUAAACCUGCACCUGCUCCUGUUCCCUGGAUCAAAGAGCAGCAUCAGAUCAAACAUGUUCAGGAAGAGACAAGACUGCUAGAUAAGCAUGCUCAGGAGCUGUGUGAGCUGCGUUUGGGGGUGGAGCAGGUGACGGACCGUGAGCUGGAGAUGGCAAAGCGGCUGGAGGAUUUCAUCAGUGUGAGUCAGGAGCAGCAGGUGCAUCUACAGGCCGAAAUGCAGGAACUGCGCAGUAUGUUAGCUCUGAGAGAGGAGCAGCUCGCCAGCGCCACCUUCAGACUGGGUGUGAUUGAGGAGGAGCGUGAGGAAGAUGAGAGGAAGCUUAAUGUCGCUCUGGCAGCAGCUGAACGGAUGAAUGUGUUGGAGGAGCAGUUUGCGAGUCUGUUAAAGGACAUGCAGCAAUUAAAUACAGUGCAUGGUGAUGGCCUGAGAACGUCGUAAUCAACACUUAACACUGAGACAGUGAGUGAGACAGUGAGACAGUGAGUGAGACAGUGUGCUCACUGUGUAUGACGUCAGACUGCGCAGCUAAGAGUUUUUACCCAUAAUCCUUUACAUUUAGUUUCUGCUUCUGUGAGAUGUGUUCCACUGUGAAGUAGUGUUCGAGUGUUUGUUAUUGUGUAAUUAAAGAAGUGUUCACAGUUGUGUGUUUAAUGUGUUAUUUGGCAUACUCUUACUGUACGCUUCAUUAGUAAAACAAACAAAUGUAAAGUUGUGUGAAUAAAAUGUCACGGUGUGUGAGUGUGUGUGAGUGAGUGUGUGUGUGUAGAGUAAAUUCACCAGUGACACAUACAUACUACAGUAAGUUAGCAGAAUGUUUUCGCAAUGUUUCAAAAUUUUCGGUUUCUAUAGUGUUAAAUCAGCGCACGGUGGCUUAGUGGUUAGCACGUUCGCUGCACACCUCCAGGGUCGGGGGUUCGAUUCCCACCGUGGCCCUGUGUGUGGAGUUUGCAUGUUCUCCCCAUGCUGUGGGGGUUUCCUCCUGGUACUCCGGUUUCCUCCCACAGUCCAAAGACAUGCAUGGUAGGUUGAUUGGCGUGUCCAUAGUGUAUGAAUGGGUAUGUGAGUGUGCCCUGCGAUGGAUUGGCACCCUGUCCAGGGUGUACCCUGCCUUGUGCCUGAUGCUCCCUGGGAUAGGCUCCAGGUUUCCCCGUGACCCUGAAAAGGAUUAAGCGGCAUAGAAGAUGGAUGGAGGGAUAGUGUUAAAUCUGCCAAGUGUUCUGAUAACUUUUUUUAUGUAAUGUUUAUGAAAAUCUACAUUGUAAUGUUAACACUGAGCUUUAAUAUGUCACAGGUUUUUACAAUGUCAUUUCUUGCGUGUACGAUGCUGAAGUUUUCACAUGCAGAUGCUGCAGUUCCACUGUACUGACUCCAUGAUGAUGAGAGAGCUUAAUCCUGAUUGGUUGGAUGCUCUUCUGACCACUGCCUUGGUUCUUUUUUAUUCUCACACCUUCAAAUCUGUCAUCUCUAAUAAAUUCCUGUAGUUUUGAUUCCACUUGUGAUAAUGUGUCAAUAAAGUUAUACACCAUAUAA